AUGGUGUGCGUAAUUGGCGCAUUAGGAGAGCAGACUCCAGCCUUUGACAAUACAGAAGUACCAUUAGUUACCUUGCCAGACUGGAUGUCCUACCUCCCCGACUAUGUGCCCCUCUCAGCCUUAGCAAUACCAGAGUACCCAAAUGAAACUAUUUUGAUGAGAGUGAAGGAAGAGUAUGAACCCUAUCAGAACACCAGGAGUUUUUACCAGAGCGUGAACGAAGUUUUGAACCAGAUCGGGGAGCAAUGGUUUCUACAGUCAAAAAGUCUUCCAACUUUAGGAGAAGCCAGGGGGAAAGUGGUGAUCUUACAAGAUUUCUCCUCAAGGGGUGAAGGUCCAGAUUUUGGUCCUCCAUACCCUGGACCCAUGAGUAUUUCAGAUGCUUAUCAGGUGACCGAUGACUCUGUGAAAUGGGCUGAAGUUGAGAGGCAUCUAACGGUUGCUCAAAAUGGAGAUCUCGAAAAAGCUUACUUGACGUACUGCUCUGGAACCCAUUGGCUUCUCUACACACCUGAAACUUUGGCUCGAAAGAUCAACCCAAGAGUUCUCGACUAUCUUGUCAAUAAAACAUCAUCUGGAAGGAGAAGUAGAACGGUCGGAGUGGUCAUUAUGGACUAUCCGGGGGCAGAACUGGUGAAGCAAAUUGUUUUUGAUAAUUGGGUGUGA